AUGUCAACGGCCUCCGAUGAUACGUCCCCCAAGAGUACACCCUCGCACGGCAGCUACAGACCUCCUAAGCCAUCCGGGACCCUGCAGGGCCAGCAGAGUGUUUUCCGAGUAACCCUGCACCAGCCUGGGACUGGGCCUUCUGGAAGGGCCGUAAAAUCUGUCUAUCAUGCUCGGCGAGCCCAUCGGAAGUCUCGUGCUGGAUGCGUGAAGUGCAAGGAACGACGGAUAAAGUGUGACGAAACUAAACCACAAUGUCUGCGAUGCCAAAAACACGGCGUGGAUUGCUUCUAUGAGCCACAACCGGUCUUCAAACAUGACAAAGACAUUGUUGCGUACUUGGCUGAGAAAGCGCCCAGUUUGACGUCGCCAGGCACGACCGCACAUUCGUUGUCACUGUCGGCGAUUUCAAAGAAGAUCAACGAGCUACUUCGACUCAAUCCCAAAGAUGGGAAUUUUUCCGACAACCUUCGCUCACUGCAUCAUUUCCAUGAACAUACCAUGCCCACGGUUGACAACGGGAGCACCGAACGUUUUCUCUGGAGUAAGACUAUUCAACUUGCACUUCAAACCCCAUUCCUCAUGCACGCCAUCAUCGGUACCGCUACAACGCACCUCUGCCACAUCCUCCCCGAUAACAGCGCCUACACAGCCGUCGAGGCGUACCACUGGCAAAAAGCCAUCAACCAGUACUCGCACGAGAUUUCUCACGCCGGGUCUCACAACAUGGACUCUCUGUUUUCAGCCUGUUUCCUGAUGACCGUGCACACGUUCCGACUCGAGACCUACAGUCCCCACAACUCCUUCGUCUUCUCCGACAGCCCCAACGCUUUAAACUGGCUCCUACUCCAGAGCGGCCUGCGCCACCUCCUCGGCCUCACCCGCCGCUGGCUUACCACCAGCAUCUACUUCGACACCUUCAUGGCGUCCCGCAACGAGAACCCGCUCUUCGACGACCAUCGAAUUGGCCGUGAGGGCCUGGACCCCGCGUUCGCCGACAUCUGCGACAUCAACGAGACCAGUACCGAAGAGACGAAUCCCUACCACUGGCCCCUCCGCAUGCUCACCCCGCUGUUAUCCGCAGAGCGCUCCGCCCGCAGUUUCAGCAAGUACAUGAACUUCGUAGGCCGGUUAACGGAGCCGUUCUACGACCGGGUACUAGCGAAGGACCCGCCCGCUCUGCUCAUCUUGGCCUGGUGGUUGGGUCUGGUCGACUCGGUGCAUUUCUGGUGGAUGGAGACGAGGAUCAAGUCCGAAUGUGCGGCGAUCUGCAUGUAUCUUGAAUAUAGCGAUGAUCCGCGGGUUCUGGCGCUGUUGGAGUUUCCGGCGCAGGUGUGCGGGUAUUUACUGCGGCAUGUGCAGGAGCGGAUGAUGCUGGUUGAUUUGAAUGGUUCUUGA